AUGGAGUCACUGGCUGAUGGGGUUGAUUCUCUAUCGAAGACUUGUCAUUCUGCACCAGAUGUAGGCAACAACCCUCCUUCCACAACUGGUACUCCUCGUCCUUCGCAGCCUCCAUCUCCAAAACAAUCUAGAAGUGAAGGGUUUUUGUCCCCAUCCUGUGUGACUGCUCAUACUUAUGGCUUGAAAACAGUUGGCUAUCCAAAUGGUUCUGUAAUUAAUCAAAAGAAUCCCAACAAGACAGCUAACCGUACCAUGCAGCAGGAAGAGUUUCUCAGUAUGGGAAAACAUUACAACGGUUCAAACGGAGGAAAACCUGAACAUGGAGGCCCAAAUGAUGUUCUUCACAAACCACCCAAAACUUCUUAUCUGAACAAGGUUUCUGUACUAGAAGCAAAAUCAAGCAUGAAGAAUCCUGUUGAUGGUAGUGAUUCGAGUAGAUUUCUGGAAUCUAGAAAUCAUGUUUUAGGUCCCUGUAAAGGAGUUUCUGGGCAGAAAACUAGCCACUUAAUUUCUCACCCAGCAGCAACCUUUUGUGCAAGCCCUCAGAACAGUUUGUAUUCUGCCUCUCUAUAUUGUGAAGCCAAACAGAGUUUCACCAACACAGAAGUCAGCGAAUGUACAAGCAGCAUUGAGAAGUCUGGUGAAAGUGGUGAAGUUAGUAAUUCCUGUGAGCUUAUUGAGAGCAGCAAGAACAGCAUCUAUAGAGGCAGUACUGGCAGUGAUGUUAGUGACGAGAGCAGCACCAGUAGUUUGAGUAAUUCCAUGUACAAGCCCCACAAGGCAAAUGAUACAAGAUGGGAAGCAAUGCAAGCUGUCCGAUCUCAUGAUGGGAUGCUGGGUAUUAAUCAUUUCAAGUUGUUGAGAAGACUGGGAUGUGGAGAUAUAGGCAGUGUUUAUUUAUCUGAACUGGCCGGCACUAAAACUUAUUUUGCCAUGAAGGUUAUGGAUAAAGCAGCACUGGCAAGUAGGAAAAAGCUUCUUAGGGCUCAGACAGAAAGAGAGAUACUGCAAUCUCUGGAUCAUCCUUUUCUGCCCACAUUGUAUACACACUUUGAGACAGAUAAGUUCUCUUGCUUGGUGAUGGAGUUUUGCCCUGGGGGUGAUCUGCAUGCACUCAGGCAAAAACAACCUGGGAAGCAUUUUCCAGAGCAUGCUGCCAGAGACCUCAAACCAGAGAAUGUUUUGGUGAGGGAAGAUGGACAUAUAAUGCUUUCAGAUUUUGACCUUUCUUUAAGAUGUGCUGUUUCGCCCACCCUUGUAAGAUUUUCAAACUCAAGCUUGGAGACAAAGAAAUCUGCAUACUGCGUUCAGCCUGCUUGCAUUGAACCAGCUUGUGUAAUGCAACCAGAUUGCAUUACACCGACAUGUUUUGCUCCUCGCUUUUUAUCAGGCAAGCCCAAGAAGGAUAAAAAGAGCAAAGUGAAGAAUGAUAUACACAAUCAAGUGAGCCCUCUCCCUGAGCUGAUUGCAGAACCCACGAGUGCUAGAUCAAUGUCCUUUGUGGGAACACACGAGUACUUGGCACCAGAAAUUAUUAAAGGUGAAGGCCAUGGCAGUGCUGUGGAUUGGUGGACAUUCGGGAUCUUUCUCUAUGAACUUUUGUUUGGAAAAACUCCAUUCAAGGGGGCAGGGAACCGGGCUACUUUGUUUAAUGUGGUUGGGCAGCCUUUAAGAUUUCCAGAGUCACCUUCUGUCAGCUUUGCAGCAAGGGACCUGAUCAGAGGUUUACUUGUGAAAGAGCCACAGCAUCGUCUUGCGUAUAGGCGAGGGGCUACAGAAGUUAAACAGCAUCCAUUUUUUCAAAGUGUGAAUUGGGCACUAAUUCGCUGUACAACUCCACCCCAGGUGCCAAAGCACUACAUAUUGGAAAGUCCUGAUGCGCCAAAGCCACCAAUAAACGGGAAGGUGCCGGGUGUUGACUUGAAGCCUUCUGGUAAUUAUUUAGAGAUUGAUUUCUUUUGA